UGAAGGAAUGGACGCUUUCGAGUUGUUUCGGAAACUCGGAGCUGGAGCAAAAUUUGACCUGAAGAGGUUUGGUCAAGACGCAGCUCGGUUUAAGGUUGUCAGAUCUCACGGAGGGGAAGCGUCCUCAGAUCCUCUAUCUGCGAUCGAUUACUUUGGCACAGGACCGGCCAAUGGAGCCCAGAGCAGGACCACGGGACUGGAGGAGGACGUGGAGGAUGGAGGAGAGGAAUAUGAGGAGGGAAGUGAGAGUGGAGAUUCCAGUGCAGGAGGUAAAAGGAAGCGAAAGGAUGAAGAAAGAGAAGUGAGGACGAAGAAGCAAAAGAAAAAGACAAAAAGAAACCAGGUGGAGGUGGAAGCUGGCGGCACAGAGGGAAAUGGCAUCAGCUGGACCUCUUCAUUGGACAGAAAGAUCCAAAACCUGCCAAGUGACGGGAAGGACAAAAACUCUCUGAAGAGGCUGAAGCAUCUUCAUCAGGAAAAGGUGAAUCGUAUUCGCUCUCAACACCGUAUAAAUGUGCACGGCUGCGACGUACCCGACCCUGUGUGCACAUUUGAAGAGCUGCAGUCCGAGUAUCGUCUCAACCCGCGUGUCCUUCAGAACCUCAAAGACGCAGGGCUGAACUCCCCGACGCCGAUACAGAUGCAGGCAAUACCGCUCAUGAUGCAUGGUCGGGAGCUCCUGGCGUGUGCCCCCACAGGAUCUGGAAAGACGUUGGCUUUCUGUCUCCCGCUGCUCGCCCACCUGCAACAGCCGGCCAACCGGGGCUUCAGAGCUGUGGUUAUCUCCCCAACCAGAGAACUGGCCAGCCAGACCUACAGAGAGCUGCUCCGCCUGUCAGAGGGAGUUGGAUUUCGAGUUCACAUCAUAGACAAAGCUUCCCUGGCAGCCAAGAAGUACGGACCGCAGUCAAACAAAAAAUAUGACAUACUCGUCAGUACUCCAAACAGACUCAUCUUCCUCCUCAAGCAGGAUCCUCCAGCUCUCGACCUCAGCAGUGUGGAGUGGCUGGUGGUCGAUGAGUCCGAUAAGCUGUUUGAAGCCGGUAAGACGGGCUUCAGGGAGCAGCUGGCUACAGUGUUUCUGGCCUGCUCUGGUUCAAAGGUGCGCAGGGCUUUCUUCAGCGCCACCUGCACGCAGGAUGUAGAGCAGUGGUGCCGCCUGAACCUUGACAACCUGGUUUCAGUCAACAUCGGACACAGAAAUACAGCCGUCGAGACGGUGGAACAGGAGCUGCUGUUUGUCGGUACGGAGAACGGCAAACUGGUGGCCAUGAGGGACAUCAUUAAAAAAGGUUUCCUGCCUCCCAUGCUGGUGUUUGUUCAGUCUAUAGAGCGAGCACGGGAGCUUUUCCAUGAGCUGGUGUAUGAAGGCAUCAAUGUAGAUGUGAUCCACGCAGACCGCACACAGCAGCAGAGGGACAACGUAGUGAACAGUUUUCGCUCUGGUAAGAUUUGGGUGUUGAUCUGCACGGCUCUGCUCGCCAGAGGAAUCGACUUCAAAGGAGUCAACCUCGUGCUGAACUAUGACUUCCCCACCAGCGCUGUGGAGUACAUCCACCGAAUUGGUCGUACUGGCAGAGCUGGACAUCAGGGGAAGGCCAUCACCUUCUUCACAGAAACUGACAAACCACUGCUGCGCAGCAUUGCUAAUGUGAUAAAACAAACUGGAUGUCCCGUCCCCGAUUACAUGAUUGGCUUCAAGAAGAUACAUAGCAAAGCGAAACGCAGACUUGAGAAGAAACCUCCCAAGAGAAGCACCAUUUGCACAACUCCUCGCUUCUUAAUGAAGAAAAAAGGCAAAGCACAAGGACAGAAGCAGGCAGGGGGUGGAGAGCAGCAAGGAGAAAAGAAGACAAAAGAACAGGGACUGAAGAAGAGAAAUAAAACACAAAAAGAAGAGGGAACAGACAAACACAAGAAGACGUCACAGAAGACAGGAUCGAAUUCCUCUGGAGCCAAGUUAAAAAAGAAAAAAGGUGAAGAAAAAUAAGCCUCAAGAGGAAUAGAGAGUGGCAUAAGCAGACUGUUAUGAAAAUGUGAUGUGGAUUUUUUUCUUUUUUUUUUUGAAAUCUAAUUUACUGCUAAU